GACAUUUCCCGUGAGCAGCGGCCGACCAGGAGCGUCUGUCUGGUUGCUCAGCAACCGCACCAGGGAGGAGGCUGGCACCCGCGAUAUUUACCAAACCUGAGUUACCGACCUGGCGCGUCCCACGAACGAAAGUUGGGCAUAAAACAAUACUUAAACUGCUUCUUAACAUGGUUAUCAGAAGAGAGCUAUUGCCAAGAGUUUGAUUUAUAGAGAAGUCAUGGUUCGACUGACCUUGGAUCUAAUUGCCAAGAACAGCAAUCUUAAACCCCGAAAAGAAGAAAACACUCUACAAUACCUGAAGAAAAUAACUCAUAUAAAUUUUUCAGAUAAAAAUAUAGAUGCAAUUGAAGAUCUCUCUCUUUGUAAAAAUCUUAGUGUUUUAUAUUUGUAUGAUAACCGCAUUAGUCAAAUCACUAACCUGAAUUAUGCCACCAAUCUGACCCACUUAUACCUACAAAACAAUUGUAUUUCAUGUAUAGAGAACCUCAGGUCAUUAAAGAAACUGGAAAAACUAUAUCUGGGAGGCAAUUACAUUGCUGUCAUAGAAGGCUUAGAAGGAGUAGAAGGACUAAGAGAGCUUCAUGUUGAGAGUCAGAGGCUUCCCCUCGGAGAAAAGCUCGUGUUUGAUCCAAGAACCCUUCAUUCUCUGGCAAAAUCCCUCUCUAUAUUGAAUAUCAGCAAUAAUAAUAUUGAUGACAUAAGAGACUUAGAAAUACUGGAGAAUCUUAAUCAGCUCAUAGCAGCUGACAACCAACUUCUGCACGUGAAGGAUUUGGAGUUUUUAUUGAACAAGUUGAUGAAGCUGUGGAAAAUGGAUCUAAAUAGAAAUCCUGUUUGUCUCAAACCAAAAUACAGAGAUAGACUGAUACUGGUGUCCAAAUCACUGGAAUUCCUUGAUGGAAAAGAAAUUAAAAACAUGGAAAGACAAUUCCUAAUGAAUUGGAAAGCAUCCAAAGAUGCCAAGAAAACCAGCAAGAAAAAGAACAGUAAGAACGAAGAUACACAUAACUCAUGCAACAAACUCUUUCUUUGAAGGCAUCUGAAAGCUUGCUGACAAAAAAUGAUGCACGUGAUCCUCACCUUCUUCAUAAUUUGAAAGUAAAUUUGUAAAACAGUAAAGUCAACCUCAGUGAUCUGAAACGUUUCAUUCUUUUAUAGCACUAGGCAACAUCAUCUUUUGUGGUUUGUGGCUUUACAGUCUCUCAUUAUAUAAGAAAACCUUUGCAAUUCCUGUUUGAUUUGCUUCUUUAUAAAACCUGAAACAGUCCUUUACAAUUGCUUUAUUCCUCAUUACAUACAAUUUUCUGGGAAAAUAAAGAUGUGCUUUCUCAUUCA